UGAGUUUAGCUAGCCAACGUCGCCAUGGACCUCGCCUAAUGCAACCGUCGUGAUCGGGAGAAGCAGUUUAUGCCUAGCUGGACUAUCUUUGACCAAACUUCUUCCGUUACAAUGUUUUUUUUUAGUCUGGAAGAAUAUCCGGAGUAGCCUACCCUGGUUUAGAACCUGCCCAAGGUAAAUACAAAAAUAGUUUAACGGUUUUUAUUCUCAUUUUCGUGCGAACAAUCAUCAAUAGAGAUGAACCAUGGCGGGCAAAGCGGCGGUGACUUUCCGUUUGGGCCGAACGUAGUAAAAGAAUCGGGAACCUAUGGAAAUUGUGUCCUCUGUGGGUUAACUUUAAACCACGAGCGAUAUCCCCAACUUCUUCCCUGUUUGCACUCUAUAUGUCAAGCAUGCCUACCCCCAGACAAUCCAGGGUUGCAGAAAGAUCUCUCGAUCUCUCCAGCAUGUCCGUCCUGUGACCUGCCAUUUAAUAUUCUGGAAGUCAAAGAUAAUCUCUUUAUUAAGAACUCUUCCAACAAACUCUGGACUGGUAAUGUCCAGUGUACCUGUUGUGAGGGGUUCGUGGCGAGUGGCUGGUGUGUGGAGUGUGGAGAGGCGCUGUGUUCGGAGUGUGUAUCUGCACACAGGAGAGUGAAGGUGACGAAGGACCACACUAUCCGGCUCCAACCCCCAACAGGAGUCUCUGCCCCCACAGUGUUUUGUUCCACACACAAACAUGAGCCAAUCAAGCUCUUCUGUUUGACCUGCGAUCAGCUGACCUGUCGAGACUGCCAACUAAUGGAUCACAGGAACCACAGUUUCCAGUUCCUCCAUGAGGCGAUGGUCAGCCAGAAAGAGCAGCUUCAGUCCCUGGUGCAGAGAGUGAGGCAGCAGAGAGUUGCAGUGAAGCAGAGCCUUCUGGACAUGGAUGGCAGAUUGCUAGACAUAACACAACUCAAGUCAAAGCUGAGGGAGAGCCUGAAGAGAAUGCUUCUUGCCACUGUUCAACUCUUGAAAUCGAGAGCCAUGUCGCUCUACAGCAACAUAGAGACGAUGUGUAAUGCCGAGGUGGCAGGGAUCGAGACGAGACGGAGUGCGCUAAACAGACUGGGGCAGAGGCAGGAGUAUGUUGCUGACUUUGCUGAGAAAGCCCUGAAUGUGGAGGACUUCUUUGCCCUGCUCUCCUGCAAAGGGCAGAUUGGGUCCCAGUUACAGCAUCUCUUGACUCAGAGUACUGAGCCCCCGGGGACCAUGCUUAAUUUGCAGCUGGUGAUUACUGAUGACUUCAAGAAACAAAUAGCUUCCUUUGGUAAACUUUUGGGUGAUAUUGUUCCCUUUGCCCAAUCACAUGUUAGUCAAGACAACCCCUUGGAAAACCAAGAAAGACCCAAUGCUCCCUCUGGCCAGACCUCUUCCAGUGCUCAAAACAUGUCCAUCCAUUCUGUUCCACCUAACCCUGUCUUCCAGCACCCACGCCCCUCUUACACUGCCCCAUCCAACCCCCACAGUCAGCCCUCAACUUCCCAGCCCUCUACCUCCCGUGCGCCUCCUCCUUAUCGCUCCCUGCCUGUCCACACCCCUUCAAACCUUCCAUUGAGCCAUCCUGUGACGCCCCAGCCCUGCCCAUCUACACUAGCACCAUCUCACCUCUCCCUGAAUAUACAUAAUUCACCAUUCUGUCUUCCAUCGAACCCUGCCCAGCCAUCACUUGUCCCUGCACUUCAUGUCCAAUCAGCGUUGGUCCCCACAAACCAUGCCCAGCUAUCCCCUGUUCAGCCUCCAACUUCCCCAUCUCUCCAACCACUGAUCGAAGCCACACCGAGACUUUAUGGUAUGUUCAAGGCAACUCCUCCACCUGGACCUGGACGAUCUCGGAGAGGUAAGGAUGGAAAGUCCUGGACGUUCCACUCAUACUCACCUGUAGAGAUCUGCCUCCCACCUUCUGGCUCCCCCUCUCCUGCAGCCGUAGCUCAGCAUCAGAAUAGGAACUUUCCAGAAUCGCAGCUACUGUGGAUCCUCCAUCAGCCUCCCUCUGUAAACCCCAUCCCUGUCCUCCCGGUUAAAGCACUAGCAGACUCCCCCUGUGAUAGAAGCCUGCCUCCUACUGGUCUGGCAGACCUUGACCUAAACUCUCAGGCCAGGGAGAACGAGCCUACUUCUACUGUCACUGAAUUGGAGACUGACACAGAGGCAGACAGUGCUAUCGAGUUGGAGGUCCCGUCAGCCUGGGGUGAUAGAAAGGCAGCUGCCUGCUCGGACAGUACUUCUUCAGAUCUGCCUUUCACAGGGACUUUGUCUACUGAGAGGACCUCUAAUCAUCUCUCUCACAGUGUCUUAACCCACACCCACCACCCCAAAGAAGAAACUGACAUGGACCCUAACAGUAAACCCUAUUCUGUGGGUAGGACCCGUACUGCCCCCCACAACAAUAAAAAGAUGGCUUAUGACCAACAACAUGAGGACACUAAGGCUAUCAGGUCACUUCAUCGGCAUGUGAAUAACUGGAGAACUGAGCUGCCAACACGCAUUAGAUUACUACUGGAGGGCCCCUCUCCAAGCCCCAACAGGACAGGUUUGGUGGAGGGCCCCUCUCUAAACCCCACCAGGACAGGUUUGGUGGUGGCCACUGAAAUGCCAACCAGGCAACCCAAUAACACCGAGCCACCGAGCUUGACCAAUGGCAACAAUGUUAACAACUCAAGGUACUGGCAACCAAGGGUCUUGAUGUUUCGGCUACCCAUCUCCACCCCCACUCCUGGAGGCGCUCUUCCUCAGUUCCUGCUCGUCCAAGGGGCCAGCAAAGAUGAGAUUAUUCUGCAAGAGAUUGCAGAAGACCACCAGUCCCAUGGCGAUGACAUCACACCACCAGAGUCAGACAACCUCCUCUGGACUAAGGCCCUGUCCUCCCCAGAGAGUCCCCCACUGCUCCAGUAUGUGACCUGUGCGGCCUGCCACACUGUUGGCGGUUCGCUAUUCUGUGUGGAGUGUGGGAGGGGCUACCACCAAGAUUGUCAUAUCCCACCCAUUGGUCCUUCCUUCUGGGAGGAGUGGAAGUGUUCACUUUGUCAGGACCUGGCCGACACCACAGACCCCUACAGUGAUGACAGGCACAGGACUAUGUGCCUCAGCCUAGCAGACCAGAGGAAAUGUGAGCAUCUCCUACUCUUUCUAAGGUGUGAGAAUGACAGAAACAUCCUUUGCAGCAUGGCUGAGCCCCCCUCAGAUUCAAUAUGUCUUGACUCCAUACAUGGAAGGCUGCUACAACAUCGAUCACCCCCUUACCGUACCCCCUCCGAAUUUGUCUCUGACGUCUGGGUCCUUUUCGACACCAUGUUGAUGAACUCAAAGGACCAGGAGUUGGUUGUCACGCUACAGGGCAGCUUUCAGAGGAAGUUAGGUGAAGUGUUUGGGACAGCUCUCCACCCCUCCCUCCUCAGGCACCCCAACAGCAGCUGGACUGAGACUGGGGAACCUGAGGAACCAACGGCUGCAGAGUCUCUGAAGAGGAUGAGGGAGUUGCUGAAUAUGACCAAAGUGCCAAAAUCUAAGAAACAUCACUCCCAGGUCAGAGUUGAAACAGAUGAAAAUUAAACUAAUGUGAAAAAAAUAAAAAAAGAUGCAGACUGAAUAAUUGCCAUUGAAGUGGAGUCUCAGAAAUGCUAUGUUAGUCAAUUAUAUACAACUGACAUUGCACUUUGUUUCAUUAAAUUAAAAACAAAAGGGA